AUGGAGUACGUGAAUACGGUGGGGCUGCGGCUUGAUGGGAGGCGCCCAAAUGAGAUACGGCAGCUCCGAGCCGAGAUGAGCACCCUGGCAUCAGCGGACGGGUCUGCGACUUUUGAGAUGGGGAACACCAAGGUGCUGGCGGCAGUAUACGGUCCUCGAGAGGCCAGCAACAGGGCCCAGACGGACACCUCCAAGGCCACUGUGCGGUGUGAAUACUCCAUGGCCGCUUUCAGUUCAGGGGAGCGGCGCAGGCGCGGCAAGUCUGACCGCCGGGCCACCGAGACGUCGCUGGCCAUAGCCAACACGUUGGAACAGAACAUCCUGACAGAGCUCCUGCCCCGGACACAAAUAGACAUCUAUGUGCAGGUCCUACAAGCCGACGGGGGCAUGCGAUGCGCCGCCAUCAACGCAGCCUUCCUUGCCCUGGCAGACGCCGGCGUCCCCAUGCGGGACAGCGUGGCUGCCUGCGCGGCGGGGUACCUCGACGGCACCGCCCUGUUGGACCUCAAUUACACCGAGGAUGGCGGUGGCGGCCCGGAGGUGGCAGUGGCCCUGCAGACUGGGCUGCACCAGGUGCUGAUGCUGCAGACCGACAGCAAGCUCAGCAUGGAGGUGUUUGAGGAGGUGGUCGAGCUGGCUAGCAACGGGUGCAGGGCGGUGGCGGAGUUCCUCAGGACGACGCUCCUGGCGCAUGUGGGGCGGCUGAGCCUCGCCACUUCCAUCGCCAAGUCGGAGGCCUGA